AUGGCUCAAGAAGACCGCUGACAGGUCUCCCCGGUCGGCCAUCUUAAGUAAGUCUGCCUUACGAAAAUAGUGGAUCAAGCCUUAUACGUGGAAUGGAUUGUGUGAAUGGGAGUAUCUCUUCGUCUGAAGUCAGUGCUAGUCCAAGAAAGGCGAAGGAGUUGAUCAAAACCCUUCCGGGGUCAGACUCAAGUAAGACCAUCAAUGUGGCCGUUUCGUCAAGAGCCCUGUUUGAUCUGGAGGAAGAAAAUGAUCUGUUUGUUAAGAAGGGUUUAGAGGAUUAUAUAGCCUUGCAAGUCCGUAGAGAAGACGACAUGCUAAAGCCUGGUUCAGCAUUCCCAUUUAUUAAGGUCUCAUGAUACCCAGGAUGGCUCUUACAGGUGGCACAAGCCCUGUGAAAUAUCUUGAAGCUUUUAACAUCACAUUAUUUCUCACUUCAUAUGAAGAGGAAGUGGCUGAUGCCAUACAGCAGGGUAGUGUGAAAUUUCAGAAUUUUUAGGGGGAGGGGGUGGGGGAUACCCUCAUUAGAUGGCUCGCAAGCUUUAGCAGUUAAAUGGCUUUCCUGCUAUCAUUUAGCCAAUCAGAAGACGUUCGCCAUUCAGAAAGCAAACAAUUUAGAUCUCGCAUGUGUGUUCUAUAAAUGGUGCUACACAGGGGAUUAUUAUUAUCACCUAGGACACCAAAUUAGCGACUUGGAAGUGCUGAUUUGAGCAAGAAAAGAGUUGUUUCAACGCGUAUUUCGCUGUUAAAAAGCUGACUGCUACUCAGUACCCUGGGUACCAGAGCCUCACACAGCAUUUUGGCUGAGCGUCACUGGAGGAGAGAAGUCUGGAGGCUCUGGUACCCAGGGUGGCUCCUCAGGCAUCCCAGACAAAAAUCUGAAGCUCUCAACUUUUGAAUACUCUCCUGCAAAAGGGUUGACGUCAUAUAUGCUUCUGUGUUUGAAAAGCUGCCAAAAACUCUGCAAUUGUCUAGCAUUAUUUAUUGAUGGUUAUGUCCGUGUGUUGAUAAUGAUAGAUAUGAUGGUGAUGAUCAAUGUUGACAGUGAUUAUUUAAGUAAUGAUGUGAUACUAAAGAUAGAACAUUAGUCAAUUAUUCCCCCUUUUUACUCUUCUACCCAUAACAAGCUAAUGUGUUGGAAGUAGCCUGCAAUGUAGUCGUUUUCCCGGUGUUUUUAUAGCCGAAUCGCUCGAUGCCGGUUUUUCGCUAUAAACACCGAGUAAACCUGCAUUACAGGCUGGUGGAAGAGAUUUUCUUCUUUUGCAAAUAAACCGUUGUAUUUCCAAUUAAAACAAUAACAAAGGA